UGAAUAAACAAUAUGGUGGUUGUACAGCCGAAGUGUUGAAGACAUCAAUGAAUAAUCUGUCGUAUUAAACCAAAUCAUAACUAUUAAAGUCUGAAGGUGGUCCGCUAGUCCCGAAUGAAGGUGGUGAAUCUAAAACAGGCCAUUCUGCAGGCCUGGAAGGAGAGGUGGAGUGAUUACCAGUGGGCCAUCAACAUCAAGAGAAACUGCCCUAAAGGAGUAACAUGGGACUACCUCAAUCUCGCAGAGGCGCUCAUGGAGCAGGCUCUGAUUGGACCCUCUCCGAACCCUCUGAUCCUGUCAUACCUGAAGUACGCCAUCAGUUCUCAGAUGGUGUCUUACUCCAGUGUGCUUACAGCCAUGAGUAAGUUUGAUGACUUCUCACGGGAGCUGUGUGUGAAAGCCCUGCUGGAGAUCAUGGACAUGUUCUCCCAUCGCCUCAGCUGCUACGGGAAGGCUGAGGAGUGUAUCGGGCUGUGUCGCUCGCUGCUGGGUGCAAUCAUGUGUGUGUGUGUGUGUGUCUCCAGCUGCUACGGGAAGGCUGAGGAGUGUAUCGGGCUGUGUCGCUCGCUGCUGGGUGCAGUGGUGUGGCUGCUGCAGGGCUGUGCCUGGUACUGCGAGCGCCUCUGGGAACAGCAGGGGGCGCCAGCGGGCCAGGGAGUCCCAGCCACAGCUUCUGCUGCCGGGGGAGAGGCCAGCCUCAAGGCCUGCCAGGACCGGCUCGAGAACCUCAUCAAGAGCACCAAGAACCGGGCACUCAUCCACAUCGCCAGAGUAGAGGAACAGGCAUCGUGGGCCAAUGUGGAGCAGGCUUUGAUCAAGCUAACAGAAAACCUCAGCAGCCUAAACAACCAGACUCUCAGAGCCAAACUGGAGGAGAGUGUGUCUCUAGUCAAGAGUAUCCCUCAGAUGUUGUCGGUGCAGUCUGAUCCACCUCUCCACACCUCCUUCCCCUCCGUCCACGCCUUCAUCAUGCUGGAGGGCACCAUGAACCUGACGGGGGACACACAGCCGCUGGUGGAGCAGCUCAUGAUGAUCAAGAGGAUGCAGCGUAUCCCUGCCCCGUUGUUUGUACUGGAGAUCUGGAAGGCUUGCUUCACCGGGCUCAUCGAGUCUCCAGAGGGCACAGAGGAGCUCAAGUGGACCGCCUUCACCUUCCUCAAGAUCCCUCAAGUCCUGUUGAGACUGAAGAAAUAUCCCCAGGGUGACAAAGUACAGCAGGACUUCAUGGACGAUGUGAACACUGCCUUUGAGUACCUGCUGAAGCUCACACCACUGCUGGACAAGGCUGACCAGAGAUGCAACUGUGACUGCCUGGGUCUGCUGCUGCAGGAGUGUAAUAAGCUGGGCCUUCUCUCGGAGUCCAACACUGCCAACCUCACUGCCAAACGGGAGUUCGCCCCACGUCUCAAAACAGCAGAGAACGCAAACAUCCAGCCCAACCCAGGACUAAUACUGAGGGCAGAACCUACAGUCACCAACAUCCUCAAGACAGUGGAUGCAGACCAUUCCAAGUCACCGGAGGGGCUUCUGGGAGUUUUGGGUCACAUGCUGUCGGGGAAGAGUCUUGACCUCCUCCUUGCUGCAGCUGCAGCCACUGGCAAACUCAAGUCCUUCGCCCGCAAGUUCAUCAAGUUGAACGAGUUCCCCAAGCACAUGAGCGGAGAAGGAUCUAAAUCAGCAUCUGUGCGAGCGCUGCUGUUUGACAUCUCCUUCCUCAUGCUUUGCCAUGUGGUGCAGACAUACGGCUCAGAGCUGAUCCUGUCUGAGCCCAGUCCGUCGGGCGAGGUGCCCUUCUUUGAGACGUGGCUGCAGACCUGCAUGCCCGAGGAGGGGAAGACCCUGAACCCCGACCACCCCUGCUUCCGGCCCGAGUCCGGCAAGGUGGAGAGCCUGGUGGCGCUGCUCAACUCCGCCUCCGAGAUGAAGCUCGUUCAGAUGAAGUGGCAUGAGAUCUGCUUGAACACACCUGGAGCCAUCCUGGAGGUUCUGAAUGCCUGGGAGAACGGAGUGCUCUCUGUAGAGAAUGUGCAGAAGAUCACAGAUAACAUUAAAGGGAAGGAUUACAACAGCCUGUUCCCAUUGGACGACACGCAGCCAUCUAAGCUGAUGCGACUGCUGAGCUCCAAUGAGGAUGAACCAGUGAUGCUAUCCAGCCCAGGUGAUCGGACCAUGAGCACCUCUCUGUCUGCCUCCCAGCUCCACGCCGUCAACAUGAGAGACCCCCUCAACCGAGUCUUGGCCAACCUGUUCCUGCUCAUCUCCUCCAUCCUGGCGUCUAAGACGGCGGGGCCUCACACCCAGUUUGUGCAGAGCUUCAUGGAGGAGUGUGUGGAGUGCCUGGAGCAGGGCAGCCGAGGGAGCAUCCUGCAGUUCAUGCCCUUCACCAUGGUCUCUGAGCUGGUGAAGUUGCCUGCGCUGGCAAAGCCCAGAGUGGUCUUGUCCAUUUCUGACCUAACCUUGCCACUUGGUCGGAGAGUAGCAGCUAAAGCUAUCGCUGCACUGUAGGACACACACACACACACACACACACACACUCACACUCACACUCACACACACACACACACACACGGCUGUCUGUUCACUCUCUUUGACUCAGUUUAUCGCAUCUCAACUAAGGCACACCAAAAUAAUCUGAGAACACACAGAUUGUUCCAUCUCGCCCCACACACUCAUACACUCACUCACACUCCCUUACACACACUCACACUCCCUUACACACACUCACAUAAACUAUUAUGGUUUGCAUGCAUUCUCUCUCUCUCUCACUCUCUCUCUCUCACACACACAAACACACAGACACACACCUCUGAUAACUCAAGACCAUGUCUCAUCUGUCCUUUUGUCUCUCUCUCUCACACACACACACACACACACACACACACACACACACACGCCAUCUGCUCUUUGCCUCUGGCUCAACCACACAUUCUCUCCUCAAAAACAAAGACGCGCACAAAGACACCAUGUGUGUCCUCGUGGGACACAGCGCAGACCGAAGACGGAAGACGCCGGAACACAAAGCCUCUCAUUCACACCUCUCCCUUCAUCUAGUGCUCCAGUGAUGAAGCGCUCGUCACAUGAGCGCCUUACAGCCUCCACCUCUCCCCUCCCCACACACACACACACACACACACACACACCUCUCCCCUCCCCUCCCUGGGUCCAGACUCCAGCCUCAUGGCAGGGCCGCUGUGGCUCUCAAUCUGCCCCAUCUUCUCUUAGUCCCGGUGCCUAGGUGCCUGUUGACCCUGGGCCAAACCCAACCCAGAUCUGGGCCAAACCCAACCCAGAUCUGGGCCAAACCCAACCCAGAUCUGGGCCCGUUUUACUCCACAUCAGAACCAGAUGUCCGGCAGCUCUUAUCUGUCUGUGGUGAGUGAGGACUGGUUGCCCUCUCACCCAAAUACCCCAGUACCCACCCACCACCUCACCCCACUCUCUGUAUUGUGUUAUCUGAGCCAAGGCCUUGUGCAACAGCACAUCGCUCUUCCAGUCUUCCCCUGCCUACAUUUUUGUACAUUACCCGGGUUUCCAUGGAGACCUGCUCUGUUCUGAUCCUUGUUUCCACAGUGACUGGAAUGUCGUUGCCAUGUGAACACAAUGCCAACUCCCCUAUGUUCUCCCCCUGCUCAUUCGAGAGGGGCGCCUUGAGAGCACCUUGAGUGGAAGGUGAAGAUUGGACUGGCUGUAUGCUUUACUGUUGCAGAGCAGUGGGAGCACUUAGCCUGACUUCUGCAGACAUAUUAUUAACAAUAAAAGCUAUUUUCCAUGUU